GCCUUUCCACUUCUGUGGUGAGAAGUACCUCUCAGGUACUUGGGUGAAGUUCAACAACAACGACGGAUAUGUCAGCGAGGACCUGAGCAAACACAGCGCUGUGGCACAGGCAUUCUCGCACUUCACAUUCGAGAGGAGUGGCCAUAGGCUGAUGGUUGUCGACCUGCAAGGCGUUUGCGAGGAAAGGAAUUCCGAAUUGGUUUUCAGGCUGACGGAUCCCCAAGUGCACAGCAGCAGGAAGUGGAAGCGGCAAAGUGAAAGCUUCCCCGAGAGAUUCGGGAAGGGCGACUUUGGCGAAGAUGGCUUUUCAGCGUUCUUCCAGAACUAUGUCUACAACAAGUUGAGCAAGGACUUGGGCCUUCGAGACGAACUCGAUGUCCGAGAGCCAACUGAAACUGCCUACAUCCCUGCCGUUCGAGAGUACUUCGAAGAGUUCAAGACAUGGCUCAGCCACGCGAGGGAGCAGUUGGAAUGGGACUUGAACGAGUACUGCGGCCCGCAAGAGUUCGAUGACAAUGCCUAUUGGUUCCCGGUGAAAAUCUGGGCAAAGAAGACCAAUGCGCAGCAAGCUCUGCAAGACAUCCAGGACAAGGUUGAGGCAGUGCUGGCAAAAAGGUUGAGAAAGCUGCCAGUCGCCCAAACGGGAGACGAGGACGGCUCCAAGUGGGAGGACAAGAUGUCCGAGUGGCGCCAGCGGUUUGCCGCGACAACCUUGCCGUGGCCUCCAGGCUUUCCGCGAAGUCCGUUGAAAGAGGUUUGGGUGGUUGCUGACCAGGCGGCUGAGCAAGAAGACAUCACUGCUUUGCAUGAGGAGAUAGAGCAGGCAUUGGCUGAGGUGUCCGGCUCUGCGGCCGGUGGCGAAGCCUCUGCGUGGCAGAAGUGGUUCGACGAGAACCACCAGGAUUGGUACUUCUGGAACGAUAUUUCAUACGAUGCCUUCUGGCCACAGGAAGGUCAUUCGGGUGAUUGGAGUUGGCACAUAGUGGGAGGCAAUCGAAAAGAGUGGGUAAACAAGGCCGCAGGCAAGUCCUUCUUCGAGGACACUGCGGUGGACAAGCGACCGGUGAACAAGCAGAGCUGA